UGGACUACGAGGGACGCGUCAACAAGAGCACCACGCUCCGAAUCCCACAUAGCUCCGGCCGUGAAACGCCCGUGGAAAAGGAUCUUGAAGCUCCGUUCCAGGAAGGCUCGGCCUCGAGGAGGCGUCUCCUGAUAACAGGAGGAACUCGAAUAUUUGUGCAAUAGUCAAAAAGUGAAUUGAUUUAAACAAUUAUUAUCGAUUCGUGGAUUUAGAAGUGAGUGCAUUUGCGGGUCGAGGACUCUGCGCUGGCGCGCCAAUGGGUGCCACUUUCUCGAGACUGAAAAAAAUUGAUUGAUAAUUGCUUUAAGCGGGAAAGAUGUCAAAUUUCAGGUCUUAUAAUUUGUGACCUUUGUGGCGUAAUAACGUUUCUGGUGCACAGUUUUGAAACUAACCUCAAAAUUUGAGCAGAAAGUGUACAUACCAGACUCCAGGAUGGCAGCGGCGAAGCUCGAACCCAAGGCUGACUUCUUCCACCUGGAAAUUUUUCUUGGAACUCCUCUCUUCGACUAGUAUCUGAAUGUCUUCAAAUUUAUUUCUUCUUAACGUGAAAGAAGAACCAGAAGAUCUUGUUUUUUGUUUUCUGCAGUUUUCAUAAUGAACGGGAGUCCCGAAGUGAUCAAGGGCGAUCAGGACGAAAUCGACGAGCAGCAUGAUCCCCUGCAGUUGCAAUCCCAGCAGCAGGAUGGGUCAGAGCAGCAACAUUUGGACCAACAGCAACAGAAUGCCCAGCCUCAAAUUCGCUUUUUAAGCGCCAAUGUCCUCCAACAAUUGCAGCAACAACAACAACAGCAACAAGAUGCUCAACAACAAGCACAGCAUCAACCACAAGUUAUCACGCUACAGCAGUUGCAAAAUUUCGUGCCUUUACAAACACAACAGCAGCAACAUGAUCAACAGAGGGCACAGACCAUUUCUGUCCAGGCCCUGCCACAGCAAUUUUUACAGAAUGCCCAGUUGAUGAAUAAUCAUGCCCAGCUUCAGCAACAGCAGAACCAGCAGCAAGCCCAGCAAUCACAGCAGCAGCAACAGCCCCAACAACAACAGCAACUCAGCUAUAGUAUGAUCCCACAAAUGCAAACUGUGAAUAUUGAUGGACAGGAAGCUUUGUUUAUUCCUCAUUCGGCAAUGUCAGGAAUGACUGGUCAUCAUCAAACGCAACCGACGAUGCAAUUCACGACCUCUGGAGGACAAGUGCAGCUUGGUGGUCAACAAGUUCAGUUAUCAAAUGGACAAACUAUCAUUACACCUCAGCCACUGAAUCUCUUAAGAGGACCUGGCGUUUUCCCUACGUCGAUAAUUCAAAAUAUUGGCGGGCAAACUGUUCAGUUGCCAUCAGGGCAAAGUGUUCAAGUGAGACCGCUGCAAUUUCCGAUGCAACAGCUUCAGCAAACAGUACCUGUUCAAGUCCCAGUCACUGCCAGCAAUGGGCAAACAGUUUAUCAAACUGUUCACUUUCCAGUGCAAGCUCUAUCCAGUGUGUUCAAUAUGCCAACGACGCAGAUGAUUCCUCAGCUUACACAGCAAUUCCCUCAAGUAGCCCAAAUCAUUACACCGAAUGGUCAACUUCAGCAAGUUCAAAUUGCAAAUCUUUCACAACUGCAAGGCUUACAAGGUCAGCAAGUGGCACAACAAGUUGCUCAGCAAGUGGCACAGCAACAAGCGCAACAACAAGUAGUCCAGCAACAAACGCAACAACAAGUAGUUCAGACAGUUCAACAACAACAGCAACAAGUGGCUCAGGCUCAAGCACAGGCUCAGCAACAGCAGCAGCAACAGGUUCAGCAAGUAGUUCAACAAGUCAUCCAACAGCAACAGCAGCAGCAGCAAGUCCAACAAGCACAGCAAGCUUCGGCUUCGACUCCAGCUUCGACAGUUUCCACGUGGAGUUCGAGUGUGAGCGGUCCUAAUAAUGUUCAGGUUGUGGGACUUGGACAACUAGGAAGACCAGUUGGUAAUAGUACGAAUGUGCUGACGACGAAAGACGGCCAAAAAAUAGAGGUACAGACGCUCUCGACGAUAACGAGGGCGCCUGAGUCGGCAGACGGUGAUAUUAAGCUAACUAGUAUCGACGCUAGUCAAUUGGCGAAUGGUCAGGUUAUACACAUCCCUGCUGCCCAAACAUCUCAAAAUUCCAUGCAACCCAUCACGUUAACAGGAGCCCAGGGUCAGCAGCUGACCUUAAUUCCUGCGUCGGCUUUGCAGUCCUUGGCACAACAGGGAGGCAUGAUGCGAGGGGUGAAUGUUGGUGGUCAAGUGAUGCAAAUCCAACAGAAUCCAGGGAUAAACACAGCAAAUGGUUUCCUGCAGUCGAUUCCUGUGCAGAAUAUUCCCGGACUGGGAAACGUCCAAGUGAUACCCGCGAGUGCCCUCCAGCCCCAGGCAGUUCAAACCUUGCCAGCUGCCAAUGGAGCUCCCAUCGUCGCCACGCACUUGGAUAAUGCUGAUCCAACUAAGUGGCAGAUUCUUCAAACGAUACAAUCCAACGGGACGAUCUCUUCUCCGGCUUCAGGGUCCCAUCAGCAUCAAGUAAAUAAUACCUCGAAUAUCAGUGGGGAUACAGACUCUAGCAAGCAGCACCGAAGGAGGGUAGCUUGCACAUGUCCAAACUGCGGUGACGGAGAUAGGAACAGAGAUAUGACACGAAAACGGCAACACGUGUGUCAUAUAGCCGGAUGCAAUAAAGUUUACGGUAAAACGAGUCACUUGCGAGCUCAUUUAAGAUGGCACACAGGAGAGCGGCCUUUCGUCUGCAGUUGGAUCUUUUGCGGCAAAAAAUUCACGAGAUCGGACGAAUUGCAACGUCAUCGAAGGACACAUACCGGCGAAAAAAGGUUCUCGUGUCCCGAGUGUACGAAAAAAUUCAUGCGCUCCGAUCACCUUACGAAACACAUCAAGACGCACACGAAGAUCCGCAGUACUGAGGCCGCUACUUCGACGCAGGAAGGCUCUUCUGACAGCCAGUCUUCAAACGAAGAAAAAAUAAUGAUCUCGCUUCAUAAAGAACCUGAGCACGGAGAUAUAGUUAUAGCGGAACCAAUCGACAUUGUAGAUACUCAAUCUGUUUCAAACGAGUAAAGAAAUUCUAACGUUCGAAUUCCCACCUUUCCUUUUUGGAGAAUUCUAUGAACGGGGCUCGAUUUAGUAUACAGCCAAAGCAGCCCUUUAAAUGGCAUUUUUUUAUUUUUGUAAACACUUUUGAUCUUAUGUUUUCCCGUGAAGAUCGGGUUUAAUAAUUUGAUACAAAGACAGGAGAAUCUGUUAGGCACUUUCUACUAUUACGGAAAUUUUCGCAAUCUUACAAUUAAAAUAUGAAACAUGAGACUGAAUAUGUUGACUACAGAUUUUCAUGUCUGCAUUUAAUGUCUAGAUGAAUUCGUUGAAGCCUAGGCAGCUAAAAGAAAAAAUCGCUUUGUCAAGUUUUACUCUUGAGGGCUACACAAAAACUACGCCACGGCAUUUUUAUACUAUUCCCUUCUCGAAAAGGUGACAUCCCCCCCCCCUCUCCAAACAUGACGUGGUUUAUGAACAGCCCUUUAUUAUUUCUUAUCUCGUUUCCGUGAAAAUGCCUGAAUAAUUAAUAUUAAUUUUCAAGGUUGGAAGGUUAUUUUACUUCUUUUUUUUUCUUCGAAAUUUUAUAUUUAAAAAAUGGAAUAUGUAAACCGUUUAAAGGGUUGCAAAGGGUUGCCAAAUGAUGUUGCAAAAAUCAAUGCAAAAAUAUCAUGACAAUUUUAGAAUGUAAUCUGCGUAUUUUGUAAAAAAAAAACUUAUUGAAAGAACUGUUUACAGGGAAUGUCUACGCAGUAGAAGAUAUAUAUUUUUUUAACGAAGGAGCGUAUACUGUAUAAAAUGUACAUAGUGUAUAUGAAUGUAAAAGAGUUUUGCACAAGAAAAUUUUACACUUUUAAAUGGAUUUCAACAAUGCGAUCGGUACUAUAGGUUUAAAUUUUUUCCACCCAGAAGUAUUUACUGAGUAGAUUCAGUGUCGUAAUAGUGUAAUAUUUUCCGCAGUGCUACAGGAUUAUACUCGAGCACGCGAGAUAAUGAGGUACUGAAUAUUGUUAAAUGAAAUAAUAUAUUGUUAUAAAAUAAAGAUAUAUUAACUCAAAA